UUCAUUGUUUUGUUCUUCCUUUUUAGAAGUAGCAUGUAUUUUCUGAUUGUAGGUGCCUGUGUGCUGAAAAAAAGAAAUUUUAUGUUUUAAAAGAUGAAAUUACUUACAAUUAGGUCAGCAACAGCAAUUUUCUAUUAAGAUCACCUAUAAAUUUUUUGAAGAACCUCUUGGAAUAAAAUCCAUGGCACCCAUUGUUCGUCGACGUCGUUUCACAAUAUUCAUCAUCAUUUGUUGUGUCUCAUUAGUCAUCAUUAGUUGGUACUCAAGUAAUCACAAUGAACAGACAUUAAAUAACAAAAUCACAACAGAUAUUUAUGAAAAUUUCAUUCCUAGUAAUCAAGCACAGCAGCUAAAUCAAAAGACGCUUCCUACUGUAGAACAUAAAUCAGACCACACCGUAAUAAAGGAAUAUAAAUUUGCAACAGAAUCCAGAGACUCAAAAAAUAUUCAUAAUCCAUACUACUCCGCAAAGUCUAUCAGCAAUGAAAUGCUCUACGAAUAUCCAGAUGAAUACGAGCUUGUUGAUUCUCAAGAAACUGAAGAUUAUCAAAUCAAAUCAAUGUUCGAGAAGCUAUCUCGCGAAGAGAAAAACUCAUUUUUGGACGAGUAUGAAGUAACACCCUUCGGCAUGGUGAGGACACAUGAUAGAAAGCUGAAUACUUAUAGUCAAACAAAAGAGGGCAUCUCAAAAAACAGAAGAGAACUCAACACUUACGAUAUCAACUAUAGUAUUGAUAAUGUAGAAGAUUGUGAUGACUGUGAAGAAUAUUUCGAUGUCACUACAGCAAAUAUCGUGGAGAUGCCAUCAUCAACAAAGAACCCUAGUCUUAUUAUUGACACUCCAGGUUGCAAAAUACCUAAAUUAGAUCCUUGGGAUCCAAGUGUAUCACAUCUUAUCAAGUUCCAUAAUCCAGUUGUAUGUCCUGGCCCACCUUUGUUCAUGAGACCCAGUCCGGAUGGCUCAAUAUCCUUAAAUGAAACUGUGCUAAAAGAAUAUUAUAACAUGACAGCUGAUGAACUUGUCUGUAACUAUCAGGCAAUUUAUAGGGUUCAUGAACGUUCAAUGAGCAGGAGAGAGGUUUCGUUCGUCAUUGGUAAUGUGACGAAACUUCAAUUUGGAGUUCCUCUAAAUGAAGAUUACGUUGGUGCAGGCUGUAAAGUUAAAAACAAGACGACGAAUUUUGAGCAAUUUUUCCCUUUGAUUCGCUUGAAGAAAAGAAUUGAAGAGGAGAGAAACGCAAUACCUGACCCAAAGCCCAAAUUAAAUGUUAUCCUUGCAGGAAUUGACUCAGUGUCAAAGCUUAAUUUCUUAAGACAUUUCAACAGAUCGCUCUCCUAUCUCAAUGAAAAAAUGUCUCCGUUUGAAAUGAAUGGAUACACGAAAGUUGGUGAUAAUACAUUUCCUAACUUAGUUCCAUUGUUGACAGGUCAUUUUGUUGAGUAUUAUUGGAAUGAAUCAUUGAAAAAUACUAUGUAUUUUGAUGAUCUUGAUUUGAUAUGGAAAGAAUAUGCGAAAAAAGGAUAUAGAACCUUCUAUGCCGAGGAUCAUCCUAUGGCAGGAACCUUCAAUUAUUUGAAAAGAGGUUUCUACGAUCCACCAACAGAUUAUUAUUUUCGUCCUUUGGCAUUAGUGCUAGCGGGUUCAACUCUUAUACAAAACAGGACAGAGCCUUGUUUGAACUCCCAGUUAGAAACAGACAUCAUUUAUGACUAUUUAAGAGAUUUUGUAAAAGCAAUGGAAGAUAGACCCUACUUCGCUUUUGCGAUGGUGUCAACUCUCACUCAUGAUCUCCUAAAUUAUGCAUCUUGGGCUGAUAAACCCACAGUGGAUCUUCUUGAAGAUUUAUCGAGUCUAGGUGCACUCAAUAGUAGUCUCCUUGUGUUGUUUAGUGAUCACGGAAUACGAUUUGGCAAAAUUCGGUAUACUUACAUAGGAAAAUAUGAAGAGAGAAUGCCAUUUAUGUAUAUUCACGUUCCCGAAUGGUUUCGUAAGAUGCAUCCAGUAUUCGCAAAGAAUCUGCAAAUCAAUCAGGAUCGCUUAAUGACUCUCUUCGACAUUCACGCUACAAUGAUUCAUCUAUUGGAUUUAAAUAAAACUCACGAAGAAAGAUCAGCAGUCACACUUGGCACAAGUCUUUUCGAUGAAAUACCUGCCAACAGAACAUGCGAUGAUGCUCACAUACUACGACAUUGGUGUCCGUGUGAGACAUUCGAAACUGUUCCUGUUAAUGCAUCUCAAGCUAUAAAGGCUUCGCGGGCCAUUGUGAAUGAUAUUAAUUUUCAGUUAGAACCACAUGACGACAUUUGUGAAGUUUUAAAAGUGGAGGAGAUAAUGAGUGCACUAGUGGGUAAAGCGAAUGAUAUAGUAUUGCGUUAUAUAAGGGCUGAAAAUGAAGUGUUGUAUAAAAAAAUCAUACUAGGGAACAAAAUAGAGCCUAUUGCAGAUUACAUGAUAACACUUGUUACGAAACCUGGUGGAGCAGUGUUUGAAGGUACUGUACGCUACGAUCCUGAAUCUGAUUCAUACACCGUUCUGGGAAUCAGUAGGCUUAAUUUAUAUGGAACAACAUCUUGGUGUAUAGACAGUCAGAAAUUGAAACUGUUUUGCUAUUGCAGAGUCCAAAAGGAAUCAUAGCAAUCUUAUUUACAAUAAAAACAAGGUUGUUUGCAAUUUUUUAAGACAAAAAUUAUUUAUUGUCCGUUUUUACAUUUGAAUUUGCAUGCAUUUUCAUUUAAAGUAAUUCGCAUUCUAAAUCAAUUGCAUCAUUUAUACGGACAAGCUAGAAUUCAAAGUGCUGUAAUGUAAGACCACAAGCCAGAUAGACUUGGUAUUUGAUUUGAAUUCAUGUGAAGAAAUCAAAUAUCAUUUUAUAAAGACAAAAAGAUGCUUCAAACAACUACUAAAAGUUAGCUUUGUAAAGGCCAUCUUGAAAAAAAAAAUGAAUAAAGAAAUAAUCAGAAAUCACAAAGUGGUGGAAUACUAGACUUAAGCCCAUUUA